AGCGACCGAACCUUGGUGUCUCUACUACUCAAACUGCUUCCGGGAACAACAUCCUUUGUAUCAUCACAAACAAUGGCGGCAGCUCUGAAGACAACGCUGUCGCUCUUCUCAGUUCACGACCCUCUAGCUCUUCCUUCCUCCUCCCGCUCAUCAAAUAUACUGUCCACUUCCAGACCACUUCAUUCGCCUCCGUCAAUUCAAUACUCCUCUACCGGUUCCGUUUACGUUCACCGGAGCGGCCCAAUUAUUCCUCUCACAGUCAAUCUCCCAACAUGGCGACAGCUUCGCCGGAAUCCGCUCUGUUUAGUGCAAGAAGCGGCAGUGGAGACCGAGACCGAGACUGGCACUGAAUCAGAGCAAACCCAGGCGGUGAACCAGAAGAGAAAGCUAUUCGUGCUCAAUUUGCCCUGGUCCCUAUCCGUCGUGGACAUAAAAGAGCUCUUCGGCCAGUGCGGGACUGUAGCGGAUGUCGAGAUUAUAAAGCGAGCCAAUGGAAAGAGCAAAGGUUAUGUUUUUGUAACAAUGGCUUCUGGAGAGGAAGCUCAGGCUGUUGUAGAUAAAUUUCACUCUCAGGAAGUGUCUGGGAGAAUUGUGACAGUGGAAUUUGCUAAUGGACUUAAGAGGAAGCUCUCUCCAACGGAGACCCUUACUACUAAAGAGACAUCUCACAAGCUUUAUGUGUCAAACCUGGCCUGGAAAGUCAGAGGCAGCCAUCUCAGAGAACUUUUCUCCCCUGAGUUUAAUCCGGUUUCAAGUCGAGUUGUUUUUCAAAGUAAUCCAGGAGGAAAAUCAGCUGGAUACGGGUUUGUCUCGUUUGCUUCAAGGGAAGAGGCAGAGGCUGCAAUCUCAGCUAUGGAUGGCAAGGAUCUCAUGGGUCGAGCUAUUCGCCUGAAAUUCAGCAAUCCGAAAACAGCUGACGAGUCAGGAAGCGAGAAGCAAGAGACGGAGAGCGUGGAGGAGCUACCAGAGACAGAGAGCUUGGAGGAGCAACCAGAGACGGAGAACUUGGAGGAGCAACCUGCAGAUACAGUAUGAAUAUGGUUACCCAUUUUGAUCUUUGUCAGCAAGACAGAAUUUUGAUGCAGUGGCCAUGUGUGGAAAGGAUUCAAGGCAUUUUCUGUGCACCCUUGCUCCCAUUUUCUCUUUUACAUUGGUGAGUUGUCCAAGCUAACACCUACACUUCCACUCUUAUUUUCAUCCUACUCUUGAGAAACUUGACCACAUAAGAAGAAUGUACUUGCUGCAUGAGUGGUGUAGAUGUCAUGUGCUUGUCGUAAACCUUCCAUUGGUUUUCUCAUGAUGUUCCCUUUUCUUUUGACAACCAUGUAGGAAAACAUUCGUCCGAUUGAUAGAUUCUGCACGACAAAAUGGUAUUUUUAUGAUCGUGUCAUUCGUGUGUUGCUGAAUGCCUUCACCUCAAUGUACUGUAGUUUCUAUUUUUAGGCGUGUAUACUGUAGCUUGUAGUAAGGGGGACUUGCUCCUUCUGAUGUCACAUUCUUCUGUUUUGAUAAUUACAUUCUCUAUGAGUUGUUCCCGGCAAAGAAAUGACCAUUGAAGCUGUAUAAUUCCUCUGAGUACAUCGAUGACGAGAAAAGCGACCAACAAGACUGGAAUAUGAAUGGAUAGAUUGAUCGAAUUGCAGGUUGUAGUAUUCUAAUGGUUGAAGACCAGAGAAUGUGUAAAGAAGGUGAAGGGGAUAGCUGAUGGUUUUUUUCUGGAUGGACUGUGGUCACACAUGAAUUGCAGGUUGUAGACUGUGGUCACACAUACAUAUGAACAGUUCAAACAGCAGAGGUUGUGGACUUGACUGCAACUUUUGUAAUUCAAAACGAGGCCACACCAUGCUUCUUCAAGCAGAUUGGAAAAUAGCUUGCAGCUCGGAGGUAGAGGUUCGGUACCUACCUGAACCCGCCGUGAUGCUGCAGCAGGCAAAGCAUAGGAAGCCAUGACAUCUCAGUUGUUAUGAUUAACAACCAGACUUGAGUUUUGUCUCUUUUGGUGCAAGGCAGAUGCAAAGAUAGUACCUACAUUAGGAAGGUGUCUCAGCAUAAGCAGGUUAGUAUUAGAUCGUUCACAAUUCUCAUCCUGAAUGAACUUUGGAACACAAGCAUUACUCAAUCAUUUCAGUGCUGCAAUAUCACUUCCGCAUGGAUUACAAGUACACGGAGGAUAGGUUUCAAUUUUCAUACUGAUUCAACUCAUCCCAAUAGGCCGUCAACAAGGCUUAGUAAUCUUUCACGAACAUGGAACUGUAAGGCAGUGCAGAAAAUUCAGUC